AAGAGCGAAUAGAUCGACUGUCCUUGAACUGCUGAGCAUUUGCAACGACAACACCAUGUACGUUUUCCUAAUUGCGCAACCCCUUUGCUGCUAGAUCUAACGAUCAGCACGUCAGUGCAAUAUCUUGUCGAAACUAUGGCUCGUCUUGUGCUGGCCGCUGCUCUGAUCAUAUCCCAUCUCCUCACGAUCAGCACGGGAGUGAAUGCCAACUGUGAGGCCUGCCCUAAUUGCGAUUGGGAAGUAUACAGUCCAACGGCAGGGGAUGCAUGUCUCAAUUACUGGACAUGCUCGGGCGAUACCAUCACGUGCUAUUAUCCCUCCGUUGCAAAUCCGGGAACGUACACAGGAUGCUCGUACAGCGCGUCCGCCAGUUGGACACUUACAGCUGGCCCCACUGAUGUCUGUAUGUCGGAGGCGGGAGUUAACUCCAAGUGCGAACCUCCAAAUAACCCUUACAACCUUGGCAUACCAGGGUGCACCGCUUCAUACGGGUACGACGGUGGGGUGAACAGUGGACUGUUGUAAAGGAAAUGUAUUGAGGAGCCGAAGAGCUUGGUGUCAGUUAUGAGAUACACGAUUUGGGAUAGUAGAUCUUGUACUCCUGUCUCGCGGCGCGCAUGGUUUCGUCUAUUUCUACAACCCAGACAUGCAGCCGAGGGCGCGACGUUAACGAAAUUUAAAGACACCUGAGCUGGUGCGAAGACACG